AAUCUCAGAAUCGUUUUGGCUUUUCAAGCGAUAGCAACUGAAAAUCGGAGUUAAAUUUUGCUCUUCGUGCUAUUACAUAAAAUAACUGCAUUCGCGCACACAACUCCAAGUAAUCUAUACAAAAAAAAUCAAAAAAAAAAAAAUAAGAUGCUGCUUCUUCGCCGUUGCCACAAGUUAAAGUUAAGUGCAUUGGUACGCUUUUGCUCCGCCGAAUUGAUACAUAAGGAUGGCUUCAUCGAGAAGCUGCGCCGCAGUUUCGAGGAAGAGGAGCGCAGUAAUCUGGUGGUGCCCACGUUCAAGAAGGCUAUGCUUUAUCCGGAUGAGAUCGCCGUGAAAGACAUCAAUGGGGAGUACACUUAUUUCCAAUUGUACAUGUCCGCCAAACGUCUGGCCAUUCAGAUCUCAAAUAUAUGUGGCAGCGCUGCGCUUUCGAAUGUGACAUACUUGUGCUCGAACAACGCCCUGUGGAUAGCUAUACAAUGGAGCUGUUGGAUCUCCGGACAAGUGGCAGUUCCACUGGAAUCCGGCCAGGCGAAGGAUCAACUGCAUCAGCAGGCAUCGAACUGCAAGACCAAGCUACUGAUAGCCACUAAGGAAUUUGAGCCACUUGCCCAGGAAUUGUCGCAGGGUGUGAAAUCAGCUACCAUCAUAUUGGAUCACACAUUUGUCCCAACGGCGGAGAGUGUAUCCUCGACAUCGAUGUAUGCCAAACAACUGGUGGCGUGCCAGGGAGUUAUCCUAACGGAAAGUACGUUUCCAAAUGAUUUCUAUUCCAAGGCACCAGCCAUGCUGAUCUAUACGCCCAAUGCUGUCAAUAGUCCCAAGCCAGUGAUGUUGACCCACCGGAAUAUCGAAGCUCAGGUGCGAUGUUUGAUCGGCAGUUGGCAUUUGGGACCUACAGACUGUAUGCUGCCAAUUCUAUCCAUGAAUCGAAUGCAUGCCGCCUUGACAGCAGUGCUCAAUGUGGGCGGUAAUGUGGUGCUGCAGCAAAAAUUCGAUGGUCACAAUGCGUGGAGUGCUCUAUUGGGCAUAAAUAGCCCAUCCAAACAGCGGGUUACUCUCUUUUUGGCCAUGCCAAUUGUCUACAAGCGACUGAUUGCCGAGUAUGAGAAAAUGUUUGCCAAGGAUUCGAGAAUGGUUGAGUACAUUGUAAAUCAUUGCCGGCAAAAGAUACGAUUGAUGGCCACAGCUUUUGCCUUGCUACCGGAUUCGGUGUUCUACAGAUGGCGCGAGAUUACGGGUCGAAAUAUAUACGAAUACUAUGGAAUGAUGGAAACCGGCUUGGUUUUGGGUCAUCCAUUGAAUGAACCACAACGCGAAGCUCCACAUAAUGGUCCAACAUCGAGUUCUACGGCCAAAAAUACCGCCCUCGACGAUCAUCGACCGGGUACGCUGGGUUCGCCCUUGAAGGGGGUCACGGCCCGAUUGAUCAGCAAUAAGGGUGUCGAGCUUAUAACCUGCAAAAACGAACUCGGCGGAUCCGUGCAUCAUGGCUUAAUACCAGUGGAGGAUAUCGGCGGCGAUACAUCCUUGACGGAAACCAUAAUUGGUGAACUCCAAAUUGCUGGUUCCAAUUUGGUGUCCAGUACGUUGGCUAGCAACAAUCAGGACAUGGAACCGGGAGCCACAAACAAUGAGGAGCAGAACACCCAAGAUGGUUUCUUUAAAACCGGUGACAUUUGCGCCUAUCGGAACGGAAACUUUUAUUUUCUGAGUAAAAGCAGCGAUAUCUUCACCGUCGGCGGUUAUAAGGUAUACGGAUCGGAGAUCAAAAAGGUAUUGAUCUCACACCCUAAUAUCAACGAUGUGGCUGUCUUGGGUAUUCCCAAUAAAAUGUGGGGCCAUCGUCUUGGCGUCAUAUGCAUUGUAUCGCCGGAUGCGGAUAUUGAUUUGGAUGCGAUCAAGACAUACUGCUAUCGCCACCUACCGGCCCACAAAUGCCCUACCGUUUUCAAGACCCUCGUUUCCAAGUAGACAUAAGACCCCUGAGAACUUAGCUGAAAAUUUAAGUGAUUACUGACUGUUAUGAUAAUGAUAAUACUAAUAAUAAUAAUAAUAAGAUAGUAAACAAAUGUUAAGCUUA